ACGACAUCUCUGUUCUAUUGACACUGAAUACCUGUUGCACCUGAAAGGAAGAAAUAUCCUGUUACACCAGCUGGGCUACGCAAACACACAGCCAUGGAUAAGCUGAAGAAAGUCCUAAGUGGGCAGGAUAACGAGGAGAGGAACGGGUUUGAAGAGGUAAUAGAGACAAGUUCACUAAGCUGGGGUACAAGAAUCAAAGGCUUUAUCGCUUGCUUUGUGAUUGGUGUUGCUUGCUCCAUUCUGGGUACUUGCCUCCUUUGGGUUCCAGGGAAGGGAUUGGCACUGUUUGCAAUUUUUUACACUAUUGGAAAUGUAUCAUCUCUUGGAAGCACAUUCUUUCUCAUGGGUCCUUUGAAGCAAUUAAAAAAGAUGUUUGAGAUGACUCGUUUAAUCGCCACAAUUGUUAUGUUGCUUUGUCUGAUAUUAACGUUAUGUGCUGCUCUAUGGUGGAAGAUCAAAGGGCUUGCAUUAUUGUUCUGUAUUUUGCAGUUUUUUGCGAUGGCAUGGUACAGCAUUUCAUUCAUCCCAUUUGCAAGAGAUGCUGUGAAGAAAUGCUUUUCAACAUGUAUUUCAUAAAUGAGAUACAUAUACUCUAAAUGCCUUAAAGAAGAUUUUAACAGCCUUAUAUAAUUUGUCAAUAUUUUUUCUGUAAAAAUGUAUUUUAUAGGAUGUAAUUAUUUUCUAGAUGUUUCUAUUUUAAUUUUAAAUUUGGUAUAUUAUAAUAAACAUUCCAUAAUAUUUUGCCAUAUUUGUAAGAUAUUACUGUUAUUUAUAGAAACUUAUAAGGUGUAGGAACUUGACAACCAAUAAAAAAAACUAAUUUUUAAACUUUAAAAAA